AGCCCAAUGGUCACUUCCGCCCGGCGGUCGUUUCCACCGAAGCUCUAGGGGGGCGGCUUGGGUGAGGGACCUAGGGGGAGAAGCCCCUCUCACAGGUACCCACCUGGAGGUGAUAAGGCAAACAAAGAGACUGAAGAGGAGGCGGUCCACCUAGUUUGGACCCACUUGCCACACUCUACUAUGGCCACCGCCCUCGAGUCCUCAGUUCAGUCUCCAACAGAGCAGGAGGAGCUCCUCAUAGUGAAAUUAGAAGAAGAUUCCUCUUGGAAACAAGAAUCUUCUCUUUGGGGAGAUGAACUUGAUCUCGAGAUCUCCCGUCAGCGCUUCCGGCAAUUUCAGUAUCAGGAGGUGUCUGGACCCCACCAAGCUUUUAGCCAACUCUGGGAGCUUUGUUGUCGGUGGCUGAGGCCAGAGGUGCAUAUGAAAGAGCAGAUCCUGGAGUUGCUGGUGUUGGAGCAGUUCCUGAAUAUCUUACCAAGGGAGAUCCAAAGCUGGGUGCGAGAGCAUCAUCCAGGGAGUGGUGAGGAGGCUGUGGCUUUGGUGGAGGAUUGGCAGGAAAAUCCUAGGAGGUCAGGACAGCAGAUCACUGCCAAUGCACACGGACAGGAAGUGGCCUCAAAGGUGUCUAGGCCUUUGGGAGCAGUGAAGGAUUCAGAGAUAGAGCCAAUGGACUGCCAGUCUAAGGGACGAUCACAGAAACAGCUACUCCACAAUCCCUGCCCAGGGCUGCCUGAGCAGCGCCAGCUCAAGGAGGAGCCACGGCCUCUUAAAGAGAAUGCUGUCCUUGCUCCCAGGGUUCCUGCUGUGCCUAAGAUGGGUAGUAUUGGUGACUGGGAGAUGGCAGCUGAGUCCCAGGGGUCGGUAACGGAUGAGGAUGCAUCGUUGUACUUCUCUGCAAGCCAUGGGAACCCUGCUCGGAAGGCUGUCUGCAAGGAUGCCACAAGAGGGAGUUAUGGAAAGGAGCUUUCACUGGUUUUGAAACCUAGCAGGAUCUCCUGGCCAGAGCAAGGAAGAGAGCCAUGUGUACCAAACCUUCUGGACUCUGGGAAAAGAGAGAAUCCUGCAGAUCAUAGUACAUGUGAAGAGCAAGUGAGACUAGGGCAGACAUCCUCCAUGAAGGAAGUAAAAUCCUGGGAAGAACAGGAACAGUGGGAUGUGGAAGACAUGAGGGUUACAGGGGUGCACUGGGGUUACGAGGAAACAAAGACUUUCCUUGCCAUCCUUGGCGAGUCUCCAUUUUCAGAAAAACUCCGGACCUGUCAUCAGAACCGCCCCGUCUACCAGGCCAUCUCUGAGCGAUUGCGAGAGCGGGGUUUCCUGAGAACCCUGGAGCAGUGCCGAUAUAGGAUUAAAAACCUUUUAAGAAAUUAUAGGAAAGCCAAGAGCAGCCACCCCCCUGGCACUUGCCCUUUCUAUGAGGAGUUGGACACUCUGGUGAAAGCUCGGGCUGCUGUCAGAACCACAGAUGUCUCAGAGAAGGCUGCGGGUCUCCCCAGGUUGGGGGAUAGUGAUGCUGAGACAGAAGAGCAGGAAGAAGGGAACUGGGAACAUGAGGCAGCUACAGAGGCCACGACAGCUGAAGAUUGUAAUGGGGAUGAGAUGGUCAUUGAAGAACCAAUCCAGGGACCCAAAAUGUCUAGUGGCUCAACCUUUUUCCAAAGUCGCAUUGGUGUGCACUGGAGCUAUGAAGAAACCAAGACUUUCCUAGCCAUUCUUGGUGAAUCUCCAUUCUCCAAGAAACUUCAGACCUGUCACCAGAACAGCCAAGUGUAUCGUGCCAUUGCUGAGCGGCUGCGUCAGCGGGGUUUCCUCCGGACACUAGAACAGUGUCGCUACAGGUUCAAAAACCUCCUACGAAGUUACCGGAAAGCUAAAAGCAGCCAGCCCCCAGGUGUUUGCCCCUUUUAUGAAGAGCUGGACACUCUCAUGCGUGCGCGAGCAAUUCUCAGAAGUGCUCGCCUCCCAGAAAGGCCAGGGAGGAGGGAAGCUGAAGAAAAGGACCAACGGGCCUGGAGACAGCAAGAGGAGGAGGAGGAAGAGGAGGAGGAGGAGGAGGAGGAAGAAGAAGCAGCCAAAGAGGACAGGUGCAGUGAUGUGCCAACCCAGCAUUUUAAGACCCAUGACACUGCAGCUCCAUUUGAAAGCUGCAUUGGUGUGGACUUGAAGUAUGGGAACAAAGAACAGAAUUCAAAGAAGGAAGUUUCUGAGGAGCUGCACAAGACAUUAUCAAAACAUUUUGAAGAAGAUGGUCACCAGUCUGUUUGGGGCAAAGACAGUGAGGAUGAAUGUGAAUCAUCAAGGCAGUGUGAAAGUCCCUCAGAGGAACAGUGGGAGAAAUGUGGUUCUGAAGAGGAUUUAGAAAAAUUAAUAGAUCAUCAGGGACUGUACCUAGCAGAAAAACCCUAUAAAUGCAAUACAUGUGUGAAAAGUUUCAGUCGGAGCUCUCAUUUUAUUGCCCAUCAGCGGAUCCACACAGGUGAAAAACCAUACAAAUGCCUUGAAUGUGGGAAAAGCUUCAGUGACCGUUCUAACCUCAAUACUCAUCAGAGAAUCCAUACUGGAGAGAAACCAUACAAAUGUCUUGAAUGUGGAAAAAGCUUUAGUGAUCACUCAAACCUAGUCACCCAUCAGAGAAUCCACACUGGAGAAAAACCCUAUAAAUGUAGUGAGUGUUGGAAAAGCUUCAACCAGAGUUCAAAUCUUAUUAAACAUCAGAGAAUCCACAUGGGAGGAAAUACAGACAGAUAUAAUGAGCAUGGGGAAAACUUUGCUAACAAUCCAUCUUUGAGGGCACAUUUGAAAAACCACAUGGGGGAGAAGAUUUCUGAGCGGCUUGAAGGAGAAAACAGUUUCAGUAUGAACUUAACUUCUCCUGGGCCACAAAAAGCUGAUUCUGGAGAAAAACCCUUUGAAUGUCAUGAAUGUGGAAGAAGCUUCAGUACGGGCUCAGCCCUUACUAGUCACCAAAGAAUCCAUACAGGGGAGAAACCUUAUGAAUGUGCAGAAUGUGGGAAAAGCUUCAGUAAGAGCUCAACCCUUACUAACCAUCAAAGAGUCCACACAGGUGAAAAACCAUAUAAAUGUGUUGAUUGUGGGAAGUGCUUCAGUGAACGUUCAAAGCUCAUCACUCAUCAGAGAGUUCAUACAGGAGAGAAACCAUAUAAAUGUCUGGAGUGCGGGAAAAACUUUCGUGACCGUUCCAACCUUAUUACUCACCACAGAAUUCACACAGGAGAAAAACCAUAUAGGUGUGGUGAAUGUGGGAAAUGUUUCAACCAGAGCUCAAGCCUUAUUAUACACCAGAGAAUCCAUACUGGAGAGAAACCCUACAAAUGUACUGAGUGUGGAAAAGACUUCAACAAUAGUUCACACUUUAGUGCUCACCGGAGAACACACACUGGACAUAAAGUUGUGUAGGGGAGAAAAACCAAGUGUUUAUUAUCAUAUUAUAUACUUGCUAGAAAACUACUUUUUUAAGCUUUAGGCUCAGUUCACCCCAGGGAAACAGUACUGGUGUAAAGCCAAGCAGCUUGGAUGUGAAUUUUAAAACUCUAAAGAGUUGAAUAUUAAAACACAUUUCACAAAAACGA